AUGCCCCCCAAGAAGAACAAAAUUCUUACUACAGUGAGCACCACAGUAAGCCAGAAUGCAAGUGGAGAGAGAAAGAAGAACAAGGUGAAGUCGGAGGUCCCACUCCGGAGCACUAUAGAGGAGGAGGUGGCAGUAAAGAAAAAAGAGAUGCCAUGCCCACGUCAGGCAGUGCCAGCCAAAGGGGUGCGUACCAACCUCUGCUCAGAGUGCGGGAAGAGUUUCCUACACAGCUCGGAUCUGGUGAACCACCAACGGAUUCACAGUGGAGACAAACCCUUUGUGUGUUCAGAGUGCGGCCACAGCUUCAGGCAGAGUUCGACCCUGAUCACUCACCAGCGCAUCCACACCGGUGAGGCCCCUUACGCCUGCGGCUUCUGCGGCAAGCGUUUCCGGGUCAGUUCCAACUUUGUGCGCCAUCGCCGCAUCCACACCGGGGAGAAACCUUACACUUGCCCCGUUUGCGCAAAAAGCUUCACUGACAAGUCGACACUGACCCAGCACCAGCGUACGCACACGGGAGAGAAACCGUACCGCUGCCUGGACUGUGGCAAGAGCUUCAGCCGCAUCUCCCAUCGCAAGCGCCACUUGCGCAACCCGCCCACCCAUGGCUGCUCUCGCUGCUCCCAUCGCCCGUUUCCAUCUUCACCAGAUGGAGGCCGUGACACACUCAAGACCACCAAGGAAGCAAAGCAACGGAGACUUGCUGUCCCUGCGGCUGAACCAGCCAUCGAGAUCCCCAACACAUGCACGGAAUGUUGGCAGAACUUCAGCCAAAACUCAGACCUGGUCAAGCACAUGCACAUCCACACGGGGGAAAAGCCCUUCCACUGCAGCAGCUGCAGCAAGCGCUUCAGUGUCAGCUCAAACCUGACCCGACACCAGCGCAUCCACACCGGGAAGAAGCUGUAUGCCUGUGAUGCCUGCGGCAAGUGUUUCACUGACAAGUCCACCCUGACGCAGCAUGAGCGCACGCACACAGGCGAGAAGCCCUAUAUCUGCCUCUACUGCAGCAAGAACUUCAGCCGCCGCUCUCACCACAAGAGGCAUGAGCGCACUCACACAUCUGAGGAUAACUCUCGGGCCUUUUUCCCACUCUGGCACUGUCUUCCAUCACAGACUUUCUAG